AUGGCGGCGGCACCACAUCACCUGCUCUAUGAAUUCGCCAAGGCUGCACUUAUCAAGAUAUUUGCAUUUCCUUAUGCCACGGUCUGCGACAUGUACUGCAACGGCGGAGCUGAUACAGAAAAGUGGGCCGAUGCCCAAGCCGGUCGCUACAUAGGAAUUGACGCUUCUGCGUCAGCUGUCAGUAGCGACGACGGUGAACUGUGGGAGAACAAAUGGAAACCUUUCACCACUGAGUUCAUCGAGUUGAAUCCUUCUGCUGAUGACUUUGAAGCUCAGUUGCAAGAAAAGGGCAUCCAAGCAGAUAUAGUUUGCUGCAUGCAGAAUUUACAGUUAUGCUUUGAAAGUGAGGAACACGCAAAGAAGCUUCUCAAUAACGUAUCAUCCUUGCUCAAACCUGGAGGUUAUUUCUUUGGCAUAAUUCCUGAUUCAUCCACAAUAUGGACUAAAUAUCAAAAGAAUGUUGAGGCUUCACAUAAUAAGGGUCUGAAGGUUGUUCCAAAUAGCAUCCGCUCUGACAACUACACAAUUACCUUCGAAAUUGAGGAAGAAAAGUUUCCUUUCUUCGGAAAGAAGUACCAACUCAAAUUUGCAAAUGAAGCGAUGGUUGAGAAUCAUUGCCUGGUCCACUUUCCCAGCCUUAUGAGAUUAGCAAGGGAGGCUGGACUUGAAUAUGUGGAGAUCCAGAACUUAACUGAGUUUUAUGAUGACAACAGAACACAGUUUGCUCCAAUGCUUGGUAGUUGUGGUGCCAAUUUGGUUGACCCUCGUGGAAAGCUCAUUGCUCGUUCCUAUGAUAUUUUAGGCCUGUAUUCGACUUUUGUAUUCCAGAAGCCUGACCCAGAUGCAAUACCACCCGUUGUAACACCUGACCCAGAUGAAGAGCAGGAGCGGCUCUGGAGGCAGCAGGCGGCAGCGGAUGAUUUGAGGCGCCCACAGUCAGAGGUGAUUCCAAUAGACCCUGAUCAGAAAGGGAUCCUGGGCCCAGGACCUGCAGAUAUGAGGCUUAAUUAG